ACAAAACCGAAAAAAAUGCGAACGCAAUCAGUUGUUGUGUUCCUGGUGCUGGCCGCUGUUGGCCUGGCCAGAGCCACCGAGUGGUGGGAGAGUGGCAACUACUACCAGAUCUAUCCGCGAUCCUUCCGCGACUCCGAUGGCGAUGGCAUCGGUGAUCUCAAUGGCGUCACCGAGAAACUGCAGUAUCUCAAGGAUAUUGGCUUCACGGGCACCUGGCUGUCGCCUAUUUUCAAAUCUCCAAUGGUGGACUUUGGCUAUGACAUCUCGGACUUUUACCAAAUCCACCCCGAGUACGGAACCAUGGAGGACUUUGAGCGUCUGAUUGCCAAGGCCAAGGAGGUUGGCAUCAAGAUCAUCCUGGACUUCGUGCCCAACCACUCGAGUGAUCAGAGCGAGUGGUUCAAGAAGUCGGUGGACAGCGACCCCCAAUACAAGGACUAUUACAUCUGGCACGAUGGCAAGAUCAACGAAGAGACCGGCGAACGGGAGCCACCCAGCAACUGGGGCUCUGAGUUCCGAUACAGCGCCUGGGAGUGGAACGAUGUGAGGCAGCAGUACUAUCUGCACCAGUUUGCUGUCCAGCAGCCUGAUCUGAACUACCGCAAUCCGGUGGUAGUUGAGGAGAUGAAGAACAUCAUUCGCUUCUGGCUGGCCAAGGGCGUCUCUGGUUUCCGCAUCGAUGCGGUUCCGUACCUAUUUGAGGUGGAUCUGGAUCGCUAUAACCAGUACCCCGAUGAGCCGCUGACCAACGAUGCUGAGGCCUGUCCUGACCCUGACGACCACUGCUACACGCAGCACAUCUACACCCAGGAUCUGCCUGAGACCAUUGACAUGGUCUAUCAGUGGCGGGAGGUGGUGGACACGUUCCAGGCGGAGCACGGUGGGGAUAAGCGACUGCUCCUGACCGAGGCAUACACCAGCUUCGAGAACAUGAUGCUGUACUAUGGCAAUGGCGUGCGUAAUGGCUCCCACAUCCCCUUCAACUUUGACUUCCUCUCGAACGUCAACAACGCCUCGACGGCGGGCACGUAUGUGACGCACAUCAAGAAGUGGAUGGAUGCCAUGCCAGAAGGUGUCUAUGCCAACUGGGUACUUGGCAACCACGACAACAAGCGCGUGGCCUCCCGCUUCGGAGUGCAGCGCACGGACCUGAUCAACAUCCUACUCCAGACUUUGCCGGGACAUGCGAUUACCUACAACGGCGAGGAGCUGGGCAUGACCGAUGUGUGGAUCAGCUGGGAGGAUACUGUGGAUCCUCCGGCCUGCAACUCCGAUCCCGAGCACUACUACGAUCGGUCCCGCGAUCCGGCCCGCACACCUUACCAAUGGGAUGCUUCUUCCAAAGCAGGCUUUACCAGCGCCGAUCACACCUGGCUGCCAGUGUCCGACGACUACAAGACCAAGAAUGCUCUCCAACAGUUGCGCGCUCCGCGUUCACAUCUACAGAUCUUCAAUAAGUUGUUGCGCGUUCGCAAAGAACCGUCCUUCCGCCAGGGAGAUCUGAACAUUGAGGCCAUCGAUGAUGAUGUCAUCAUCUACUCGCGCCAAAAGAGCGACAGCGAUCUCUAUGUGAUUGUCCUCAACCUGAGCGGAACGGCCAAGACCAUUGACAUAACCAAGUACUUCAAGUUGGGUAGCCAGGCGGAGGUUAUCACCACCUCCCUGAACUCCCAGCACAUCGACGGAGAUGUCGUCAAUCCCUCGGCGUUUGUGGCUAAUCCCUACGUGGGCACAGUCCUCGUUGCUGUUAAUUAAAGUUAUAUUUUGCAAUCAAGUAUUGUUCAGUGCUAUUAAAUUAAAUAAUUUUCCUCAAAUUAAA